AUGGUGGUCUGGAAGAGCUGGGCCUCCUGUGAGGGCCAGAUCACCCUGUCCACCCCCAUCAAGGCAGCCUCUGGCGAUGCCGGCAGGAUGAUGCUCCAAAAGCACCUCAAGGCUAAUCAGGACUUGUACAGGAAGGCAGCAAACUGGUCAGACGCUAGCCUGGAGGAGUUCCAGAUGGAGCGCUGGCUUUGGGACAACUUCCAAGAGUAUUCUGGCACGGUGUACAAGGACAAUGCUGUUCAUGAGCUCCCCCUUGGGGACAUCACCUUUGACAUCAAGGGCGUUGAUGAGCUCUUUGAUCGCUGCACUCAUUUCCUCAUGUUCAUCCUCAAAGAGACGCCUGGCCGCUUUGGCGAGAAGUACUUCAAUGGAAAGGACAACCUCUUCUGGUGCGUGAUGCACUGGGUUCGAGCGACCGCUGCAGACAAGAAGCUCUCGAGGAAGGCACCCAAGCGCCGCCAUUACGGCAAGUGGGAGGCCUCCCUCAACAUCCAGGGCAUCCUCAACCGAGCCAUCUUGCCGUUCAAUUUCAGCUCACAGGGCAACAAGACCAAGAUUUCCACCAUGAUGCAGAUGAUCACAAAAAAGGUGUUUGUUUCCUUCAGCAACACAGAUGAUCCUCCCUUCUCACUGUUGUAA